AUGAGUUGGCAGGUCCUUGCCAGGUGGGGGCAAGCCGGUGGAGCUGGCAUGUGUGACAUGGUGCGAGAGCCGGAGCCCGGGGGUGGGCACUGGACCCAGCCAGUAGAGAAGCGUGUGUUGUUCCCCCAGAUUGUCUUCUACGAGGACAAGAACUUCCAGGGCCGCCGCUAUGAGUGCGACAGCGACUGCUCAGAUUUCCACGCCUACCUAAGCCGCUGCAACUCCAUCCGAGUGGAGAGUGGGGCCUGGGUGGUGUACGAGAGGCCAAACUACAUGGGCUACCAGUAUGUCCUGACCAGGGGGGAGUACCCAGAGUACCAGCGUUGGAUGGGACUCAACGACCGCCUCAGCUCCUGCAAGAUGAUCCACUUUACCAGUGGGACCCUGUACAAGCUGCAGCUCUAUGAGAAGGCAGACUUUGGGGGCCAGGCCUUCGAGGUCACAGAGGACUGUCCCUCCCUUCUGGAGAAGUUCCACUGGAGGGAGGUCAACUCCUGUAAGGUGUCCGACGGCUGGUGGGUUCUCUACGAGCACCCCAACUACCGUGGACGCCAGUACUUCCUGGAGAAGGGGGAAUACCGCAAGCCUGGCGACUGGGGUGCUGUCAGUCCUACAGUCCAGUCCUUUAAGCGCUUCACUGAUUGA